UAUCAAACAUGGUUAAAACUUCUUUGUUUUGUCGCUGUUAUUUGAACAACUGCAAGGCCAGCUUCACGCUUCAACCAAUGCGACUGGCCGAAAUCCCGUGACAGUCAACGCCAAGUAAUUUUAACCGUGUAUCAAACCGAACCAGGACGAGUAACUGAAAUAUACCGUCCGGUUAAUAAAAUGCGUAGAAAUGUUAUGGCUGGAAACGAAUACUCGAAGCUUACUCAAGCCGAUGAAGAAAUUGGUUGCCAGUUUGUGAAGAAGGAAAAGGACAGUCAUGAAAAUGACGCCAGAAAGCGUUUGAUUUUAGCAUGUGCUUUCUGUACAGUGUUCAUCGUCUGCGAGGUGAUCGGAGGAUUUUUAGCCAACAGUCUUGCUGUAAUGAACGACGCAAUCCAUCAAUUCUUUGAUUUGAAUUCUUUAUUGUUGAGUUUGAUUGCCUCUUGGAUCGCAAGAUGGAAACCAAACGACAAUAAAACAUUCGGAUAUUACAGAGCUGAAAUACUUGGUGCAUGCGUUGUGAUAGCCACAUUAUGGCUGCUGACCGGCGUGCUCGCAUAUGAAUCAAUUUUAAGACUCAUCCCAGGCCACAGCAGUCACCACAGUCACAUAAACUCCAACGCAAUGAUACUGACGGCCGCUUUAGCUUUUAGCGCCAAUAUCAUAAUUAUUUUCUUGCUGAACGGUCAUUCACAUCUUGGAGGCCAUCACCAUCACGAGGCCAACAUGACAGUGAAAGCCGCCAUUCUUCACACGCUUGGAGACGUUUGCCAUAGUUUCGCUGUGCUGGUUGGCGCAAUCCUCAUCAAAAUAAACCCCUCCUGGGAAAUCGCGGACCCAAUAAUAAGCCUGGUAGGAGCAUGCGUGGUUCUGUUGUCGACUUGUUCUGUUUUGAAACAGUCUGUCAAUAUUUUACUAGAAGGAGUGCCUUCCAACAUAAGGCUUGCUGACUUAAGAAAAGAUUUAACUGAUACUGAUCAUGUGAUAAGCAUUCAUAAGACGCAUGUCUGGUCUUUAACCACUGGUAAAACGAUCCUUUCAGCUCACCUGGUCGUAGAUUCCAGAGCGGAUGCCAACACUGUGUUAGCGGAGGUAACGCGGAAGAUGUGUGAAAAAUAUCAGUUUUAUCACACUUGUUUACAGAUUGAAAUUCACGAAAGGGACGCCGAACUGCUGAUAUUCAUCGAAAUAACCAAACAGCAAAUACAGAACACGACAACGGAGAUUAGGGAAGCUUUACGCAAAUGCGAAGAGACAAAUAUUCCUAGUCAGCAAAAUUUGUAUCAUGGAAUACAUUAAUUUUCUGAAAAACAUGUAUUUGCAAAAUAAAUUAGAAAUGCGUUUAGACACCAUGUCCAAUGCAAGAAUUAAAAGCGAACCCCACAUGGUAAUUAAUAUAAAGAAUAUUUUUACCCAAGGGAGAAGACCCCUCACUUUAUAUCCACAGGCUUCUUGCUUCUUUUAUUUAUUCAAAUGCAGAGGUAAUUAAAAUAAAAUUCAGACGAUUAGUGACGUGAAGCACGAUCGCGCAUGCGUAUAAAUGGGCCACUUAAAUGACUCUAUAGUCCACUCCACUCUCACAAGCUCGUUAAGAAACUUUGAUCUAGACCGUUUUCUUUUUUAAAUAACCGUAUUAUGAUAACCUCGAGUCAACAGUCCUGAACCAAAUAUGAUGGUUAAUGUUAGGAGUCCAUGUAUGACCCCAUGGUUAGGAGUCCAUGUAUGACCCCAUAACGGGUAAUGUUUGCGUUUCCACGCGCGCGUCCGUUAUAUUAAAAUGAAUUUGGAAAUGUCUAAAAUCAUUGCUGGCUCAAAGCUCUUUUUGUCUAUUUGUCAUUAACAUGUUUCCUUCCAGAAUAGAAAAAAAAUUCAAAAUACAGUAUAUAGAAAUGGGCGAAAAAUAAAGAG